AUGCCACCUAAACAAGCACCAAGUAAAAAAACCGUAGAAAAAGCGAAAGCAAAAACUGUUGAAGAUAAAACAUUUGGUUUAAAAAAUAAAAAAGGUGCAAAAAAUCAGAAAUUUAUUGCACAAGUACAAAAUCAAGUACAAAAUGCUGGAAAAUCAGCUCGUGAAAUUGCUAAACAGCAAGAAGAAAAAGAAAAACGAAAAGAAGAAAAAUUAAAAGCUGAUCUAGAAUUACUAACUCUUUUUAAACCAGUUAUUGCUCAACAAGUUAUUCCUGCUGGAACCGAUCCAAAAUCAGUUCUAUGUAUGUACUUUAAACAAGGUUCAUGUACGAAAGGUGCAAAAUGUAAAUUUUCGCAUGAUCUUGCUAUUGAACGUAAAGCAGAAAAACGUAGUUUAUAUGACGAUGGUGGGCGCGAAAUUACAAGCAAAGAAAAUGAUACAAUGGCAAAUUGGGAUGAUGCACAACUUGCUGAAGUUGUUGAAAAAAGACAUGGAGAAGAUAAUAGAAAGAAAAAUGCUACACAAAUUGUGUGCAAAUAUUUUCUUGAAGCUGUUGAGAAUAACACAUAUGGAUGGUUUUGGGCUUGUCAAAACGGUCUAGCUUGUCAAUAUAAACAUGCUCUACCGGCUGGUUUUAUGUUGAAACGUGAUAAAAAAUUAUUAGAUGAUCAAAAAGAAACAAUUUCACUUGAAGAUUUAAUUGAAGGUGAACGAGCUGCAUUGGGUGCAAAUGUCACGAAAGUCACACUUGAAUCUUUUAUUGCAUGGAAAAAACGAAAAAUUGAAGAAAGAAAACAACAAUUAAUUAAAGAUGAAGAAAAAAAACGAAAUGAUUUCGUUAAACAUGGUCGUUUAGUUGGUUUAUCUGGUCGUGAAAUGUUUACAUUUAAUCCUGAGUUAAUUGCAAAUGAUGAUGAAGAUGCUGAUAAUGAUAUUGAUUAUCGACAUCGAUCCGAUGAUGAAGAAAGUGAAAAUGAAAAUGAAAACGAAGAUGAGAAUACAACUGAACAAGCAUCAGCAAUCCGAAAACCUGCUAUACGUGAUUGGAAUGAUAUUGAUCUCUUAGCACAAGAAGCACGUGAAGCAGAUAAUACAGGUACAGUCGCAGGUGAAGAUCGAUUUGCAAAUUAUCGUAAAACUGAACGUGAAAAACAAGAAAGACGACAAGCAGCAGCUGCACAAGCUGCUCUUGCUGAAGAAGCCAAUAAACUCGGUCAAGCAAGUGGUGGUGGUGGUGCUGAUAAUGCAUCAGUAUCGAAUUAUGAUGAUACAACAUCAACAGUGAAUAAUGAUGAAGAAGAAGAAGAUGAAGCAGUACAAAUCGAUGAAGAUCUAUUUGCUGACGAUCUUGAAGAUAUUGAAGAGCAAUUACGUGAAACAAAUUUGACAUAA